CCUACAACGGGGGCGUUAUUUCAAGUUAUGGAACAACGUCACAGAAAGUGUCUGUCGGAACCACCGAGAUAUGCGUGAAAUUCUUCAUCGUAAAGAAUGGGCGCCAAGCCAUCCUUGGGCUCGAUGCCAGUGAAGCGCUUGGGUUGGUUCGACGUACGGUGGACGCUGUCAAUGCCUCGUCUGAGUAUGAAUUUUUGAAAGAUUUCAGGCACCUGUUCCAAGGGCUCGGCUGCUUGAAAACGCAGUACAGAAUGUUCCUGGAUCCAGACGCGGUUCCGGUCGUUCAGCCUGCUCGCCGGGUUCCUCUUGCACUUCAGGAACCUCUGAAGAAGGAACUACAGCGAAUGACCCGGGAGGGCAUCAUCGUCAAAGAAAAUGAGCCAACCGACUGGUAUAUUCCUGGGAAGCACCUUGUUCUUGCUGACAUGUUGUCCCGGUCAACUGCUGACAACCAAGACGAGGCUGGUGCUACUACCGACGUGGAAGUUCACGCAAUCCAGCUUCUAGGUUACCGUGUCACAAAAGCAACGCAGAAAGAACUGCAAGCGGCAACUGCUCGUGACCGCUACCUACAGUCGGUGAUCGCAAGUUUGUCGGAGGGGCUUCCAGUACAAGGUGAACUAAAGCCUUUUGAGCAAGAACUCUCAUUUGUCAACGGAAUACUUUUAAAGGCGUCGAAGGUUGUUAUUCCGAAAAGCAUGCGACAAACUCUGCUUGAAAAAAUCCGUGCAGGUCACCUCGGGAUGCAAAAAUGCAAAGAAAGGGCCAGACGCCUCGUGUUUUGGCCGGGGCUUAACGCUGAGAUUGCUUCCAUGGUGCAACUUUGUCCUAUAUGCCGCAAGUACGCUUACAAACAGCCCAAGGAACCGCUUCAAAUGCGGCCCGUGCCAGGUUGUGCAUGGCAUAGAGUUGGAGCUGAUAUUUUUUUCGUUUGCGGGGGACUCGUACAUCGUUGUCUUUGACGCCUUAUCAAACUUUCCGGAAGUUCAGAAACUGCCUGACAUGUCGGCGCCAUCAACCAUUGCAGCAUUGAGCGCUAUUUUUGCCAGAUUUGGCGUGCCCGUCGAAGUAUGUACUGAUAACGGCCCACAAUUUUCCAGCCAUGAAUUUCUUUUGUUUUCAAGGAGCUACGACUUCACGCACGUCACUUCAAGCCCUCAUUAUCCGCAGUCAAAGGGGCUUGCGGAAAAAGGUGUGCAGGUUGUGAAGCGCAUCUUGAAAAAAACUGCAGAUUCGGGCGACGACUUCUGGCUGGGCCUGCUGGCCUACCGCUCUACCCCACAGGAGGCCGGGCGAUCCCCUGGUGAACUACUGCAAGGAAGGCGCCUUCGCGCCAACCUCCCGGACUUCAGUGCGGUGACCGCAACCGACGUCAAGAAGCACAGCCAGGCCCAAGGGGGAAGACCUUUGCCUCCUCUGCAGA